AUGUCCAAGACUUCCACCAAGGUUGCCGACAAGGCCUCCAAGGGCUCCAAGGCCCUUAACAAGGUCAAGGAUGCCGGUGUCACCAAGGCCUCCGCCUCCCCCGCCGCUAAGAGCAAGUCCAUCGCCGCCAAAGUCGCCGCCAAGGAGAAGUCCUCCAAGAAGAGCAAGAAGGCCCCUACCCCCAGCUCCUCCGAGUCCGAGUCCUCCGACGAAGACAUGAAGGAUGCUUCCUCCAGCAGCGAGUCCGAGUCCGAGUCCGAGAGCGAGGAUGAGAAGCCUGCCCCCAAGAAGGCCGACAAGAAGGCCGCUGCCAAGGAAGAGUCUUCCGACUCCUCCGACUCCUCCGACUCUUCUGACUCCGAGUCCGAGGAUGAGAAGCCCGCUCCCAAGAAGACCGAGAAGAAGGCCGCCGCCAAGGCUGAGUCCUCUGACUCUUCCGACUCUUCCGACUCCUCCGACUCCGAGUCUGAGGACGAGAAGCCUGCCCCCAAGAAGACCGAGAAGAAGGCCGCCGCCAAGGCUGAGUCCUCCGACUCCUCCGACUCCUCCGACUCUGACGAGCCCUCCAAGAAGCGCAAGGCUGAUGCCGAGCCCGAGGCCGUUGCCAAGAAGUCCAAGACCGAGGAAGUUCCCGAGGGUGCCUCCGCUAACCUCUUCAUCGGUAACCUGUCCUGGAACGUCGACGAGGAGUGGCUCCAGCGCGAGUUCGCCGAGUUCGGUGAGCUCUCCGGCUGCCGCAUUGUCACCGACCGUGAGUCCGGCCGCUCCCGCGGUUUCGGUUACGUCGAGUUCGUCAACGCCGCCGACGCCGUCAAGGCCAUGGACGCCAAGAAGGGUACCGACCUCGACGGCCGUACCAUCAACCUCGACUACGCUACCGCCCGCCAGGCUCCCCAGGCCGGUGCUGACCGCACCCAGAACCGUGCUCGCUCCUUCGGCGACUCCACCAGCCCCGAGAGCGACACUCUCUUCGUUGGUAACCUUCCCUUCAGCGCCACUGAGGAUGCUCUCCACGAGGUCUUCGGUGCCCAGGGCUCCAUCCUCGGCAUCCGUCUCCCCACUGAGCAGGAGACCGGCCGCCCCAAGGGCUUCGGUUACGUCCAGUUCUCCUCCAUCGAUGAGGCCAAGGCUGCCCACGCUGCUCUCAACGGCGAGGAGAUCGAGGGCCGUGCUAUCCGUCUUGACUUCUCUACUCCCCGUCCCGCUGGCGGUGACCGCGGUGGCUUCGGUGGCCGUGGUGGUGGUCGCGGUGGUGGCCGUGGUGGCUUCGGUGGUCGCGGCGGCGGCGGUGGCUUCGGUGGCCGCGGUGGUGGUGGCCGUGGCGGCCGCGGUGGCUUCGGUGCUCCCCGCGGUGGUGCUCUCAACAAGGGCAAGGGCUCCAUCCCCGAGUUCAAGGGCUCCAAGGUCACCUUCUAA